UUGAAAAUGAAUAGAAUGAGAUGAAACUAGCCCUUAUUGCAGAGACUAUAGAGUAAACUUUCCCGCCUUAAAAUCCUCUCCCCUCUUUCUCCUUCUCUGCGAAAAUGGAAGGACAAGCAGCCGGUCCCGGUAAAGAAUUGGCAGCCUUUCUGAUACGUCGUUGCUCCGAUCAGCUACGUUCCGUUAUUCUUUCACCGGAUCCUCGCCAUAGUUACUCUCUCUAUGUGGAUUAUGCAGAGUUAAUGGAUGACAAUCAGCAGCUUGCGUAUCUUGUUUUCUCUCAACCUUCAGAAUUUCUGCCCUUGUUUGACGACGCAGCUAAAUGGGCCGAGAAGGUCGUAUAUGGAGAUCUCAGAAAUUGCGAGAAUGCUAGUGUUAAGGAAAUGGUGCAUGUUCGGAUUAAUAUUAGUGGUUCUCCACUAGAGUGUCCUGAGACUUGUCCGACUAUUGGACGUAUAAGGGCUAAACAUAGAGGGAUUCUUCUCACUGUUAAAGGAACUGUAGUUCGGUCUGGAGCAGUGAAGAUGAUUGAAGGAGAAAGAGAGUUUAUUUGCAAAAAAUGCAAGCAUAGGUUCAAGGUCUAUCCUGAUCUGGAAACUAGUAAUAGCAUUACACAACCAUUAUCAUGUCCUUCCCAGAAUUUUAGAGUAUGUGAAAGUACCAGUUUUCAGUUCAUAGAAAAUACUAUAGUCUGCCAUGAUUAUCAAGAAAUUAAAAUCCAAGAAAGUACUCAACUCUUGGGUGUUGGUGCUAUCCCGCGUUCAAUUCCUGUCAUUUUGAAGGAUGAUCUUGUUGAUGUUGUUAAAGCUGGAGAUGAUGUAAUUGUCACUGGGAUUUUGACAGCAAGAUGGUCCUCAGAUUUAAAGGAUGUGCGUUGUGACCUUGAACCUGUUUUAGUUGCAAAUCAUGUGAGGAGAACUAAUGAGCUGAGGUCAGGCAUAGAUAUUCCAGAUGAAGUUAUCAUGACAUUCAAGAAGUUUUGGUUUGAUUUCAAAGAUUCCCCUCUAAAAGGGAGGAAUGCCAUUCUCCAAGCCAUAUGUCCACAAAUUUUUGGACUCUUUACUGUAAAGCUUGCAGUUGCUUUAACACUUAUUGGAGGCGUGCAACAUGUUGAUGCUUCUGGGACAAAAGUUCGUGGAGAAUCUCAUCUGCUUUUAGUUGGUGACCCAGGUACUGGAAAGUCACAAUUCUUGAAGUUUGCUGCUAAACUGAGCAACAGAUCAGUAAUUACAACUGGAUUAGGAAGCACCAGCGCCGGAUUGACUGUCACUGCAGUAAAGGAUGGAGGGGAGUGGAUGUUAGAAGCUGGCGCCCUUGUAUUAGCUGAUGGUGGUCUUUGUUGCAUAGACGAAUUUGAUAGUAUGAGGGAGCAUGACAGGGCAACCAUACAUGAAGCAAUGGAGCAACAGACCAUCAGUGUUGCAAAGGCUGGAUUAGUAACAACCCUUAGUACUAAGACAAUUGUCUUUGGUGCAACAAAUCCCAAGGGACAAUACGAUCCAACUCAACCUUUAUCUGUCAACACUGCACUCUCUGGGCCAUUGCUAAGCAGAUUUGAUAUAGUCAUAGUCCUAUUGGACACAAAAAACCCAGAAUGGGAUGCAGUUGUUUCUUCUCACAUUCUUGCUGAGCAGGAUGAACCUGAGAAAGACAAGGCUGAAGAAGAUCGGGCAAGAGUAUGGCCACUGGAAAUGCUUAGGAGGUAUAUUUAUUUUGCGAAAGGGCAUUUCAAACCCGUCCUCACAAAGGAGGCUGAAAGAGUAAUAACAAGCUAUUAUCAAUUGCAAAGAAGAUCAGCAACUCAAAAUGCAGCAAGGACGACAGUUCGAAUGCUCGAAAGUUUAAUCCGCCUUGCUCAAGCACAUGCAAAAUUAAUGUUCAGAAAUGAAGUGACAAGAUUAGAUGCCAUAACAGCCAUCUUGUGUAUUGAGGCAUCCAUGACAACCUCGGCUAUAGUCGACAGUGCUGGAAAUGCACUCCACUCCAAUUUCACAGAGAAUCCUGACCAAGAAUAUGCAAAGCAGGAAAGUCUGAUCCUUGAAAAGCUCAGAUUCGUUGAUGACUUUCCUGAUGUGAACAUAAGAGAGCAUGUUACCUGAUUAUACUAAAUGAGGUAAUUUCUAACUUGUUUUUAUCUAAUUUCUGAACUAUACAAUGAUAAUUAAAG